AUGGAUGUUCCUGUGAAGGAACUUGCAAAGCUGAGAGCCGUCACGGAGGGGACAUCGAAGGGAAAGAACCCAUCCAUCGAAGGCUCGUUAGACUCGCUUCUGCAGACUCUCUACCAAGUGAAGGACAAGAUGGAGACGGAGCCCGUUACCGAAGACACGUUGGCAUUGAUAGCACAAACUGUCGAGGCCAAGAAGAAGGAGAUCGACGAGAAGCAAAAAGAGAUAUACAAUGCGAUCGUCCGACUUGGUAAGACUUUAGAUAAGACAUUUACCCAGCCAUUGCCAUCAUACGAUCCGCUGUUUGUGGCGGACGACGCGAAAGCGUCGCUCGAUGCGAUCGUUGCGGUACAUUUCUUGCGGACGGGCCAGUUCUCCACCGCCGAGAUGUUCAUUCAGGAAUCCGGCGUUACAAUCGACGCAGAGAUCCGCAGUAAAUUCGAGGAACUCCAUCGCAUCCUUACCGCUUUACGAAUGCAGGAUAUCGGUCCCGCAUUGGAGUGGUGUUCGAAGAAUCGCCAAUUCUUACAGUCGAAGUCAUCACCAUUGGAAUUUUACCUCCAUCGUUCACAAUAUAUUCGCCUUCUUCUUGCUUGCAAACCACCAGAUUAUCAGCCCGCACUGUUCUAUGCCAACACUGUUCUCCGUAACUUUUAUACCGAACACACCGCCGAGUUUAGACGUCUCCUGGCAUGCGUCAUGUAUCUCCCUAAGCAGAAGCUGGAAUACUCGCCCUACGCAGACCUCGCAUCGUCGACGGUACAUACUGACCUCGAGUCUCUUUUCGCUACGGAAUAUUGUGCAAGCCUCGGCAUGAGCCACCAAGUACCCCUAAGAGUAGUUGGUGAUAUUGGUGCAGGGGGUGCCUUGGCGAGGAUUGAGAAGGCCCGCACGGUAAUGAAAGAAAAGAAGAGUGAGUGGAGCCAGAGUGACGAGUUACCAGUACGUGGCCUCAUCGAGAUAACCCUGGCACCUGAGCAUCGUUACCAUUCCAUCUUUGCGUGUCCCGUGUCGAAAGAACAGUCCACGGAACAAAAUCCACCCAUGAUGAUGGUCUGUGGGCAUGUCAUCACCAAGGAUAGUUUGCAGAAGCUCAGCAAAAACAAUGGCCGCGUCAAAUGUCCCUACUGCCCUGCGGAAUCUGUGCAAACCAGUGCAUUGCGCAUAUACUUCUAG